AUGGAUCAGUAUAUAUAUAACCCACCUCCACCGCCCCCACCACCGGCACCUGGAUCCGGCGUUGGGUCGGCCAGGAAGACCAACAGUCGUGGCAAUCAGACAAAUAGCAUCAACAGUUAUCACAACAGAGCAGAUUCAAGGCAGCAUCCAUAUAAAAAACCCAAUAUUGGUGCUGCUACAAGUUUUGGAGCUGCCAGUGGUAGUGCCAUGGGUGGUGCCAGUGGUGGUGGGUCUGUCAAGAUGGACGGCGACCUCUCGAGUAUCUCGCCAGAAAUCAGAGAAGCCGCUAAAGACAUUGAAAACUGGAUUGCAGAACGACGAAAGAAAUGGCCAUCUGCCCAACGAAUAGUCGAGAAAGAAAAAGAAGACCAACAACGACAGGAGCGAGAAAAGAAGCGUCAUGAGUUUAGACUCGAGCACGAAGGUGCCUCCUCCACCGCCAUCACAGCAUCAUCAACUUCUUCAUCUUCCACCAAACCACUCUGUCGCUACUUCCUCAAAGGAAAAUGCAAAGCCGGCACCAAAUGUCAAUACUCGCACGACAAGACCAAUCCCUCCACCUCCACCCCCAAAUACAAGCGAUUCGAGGCCCCCGACCGGUCCUCGCUCUUCAAAAAGCUCGUCCAAACCGACCUCGACCGCGAAAACAGUCGCAUCCUCGACUUCCUUGUAUAUUUAGGCGAAACUGGUGUCCUAUAA